AUGCCUUCAGCAAAAUCUCAAAAUCGAACCACUUCUACAAACACCGAUUCAAAAAGAAAACAAGAACAUCCAAGAAAUGUGAAACAGAAAACACGUAAAACACUGCAGCCGACUUCUGAUGAGAAACAAAACAGAAGAGGGACUUCAGCAAAUGCUAAACAUGGAAAGGCAGCUGAUGAAAAGACCAAGAAGAAGAAUAAAACAAACCAAAACAGGCGGACUGAUUCACAAACAGAAAAGGCAAAAGUUUCAAAUAGUAAAUCACAACCUCAGCAUGAAAAGGACAGAAAGAUAAGAAAAGACAAGAACGAGCACAUCAAACUGACACAAAAAACACUUCUAUCAACACAAGAGAGGGUCAACAAGAAGCUCCCCACCAACUCUGAAAAUGAGACCAGUGACAGCGAGACAACGAGUGAUGCAGGAAGCUCAGAGGAGGCAUCAGAGGUGGAAAACACUAAGCAUGAGAAAGAGGAGGAGCGAGGCAGUAACCAGGUGGCAGCUGAGAUACAAGAGAGUGAGGAGAGCAGUGAGGAGCCUGAGGCAUCAGAUACUCAAAGUGAAGCAGAACAGUCUGCUUACAASGAACCAGUUGAUGAGAAAACCAAGAGAGCUGCAUCUCCAGUUCAACCUGUUACACCCCCCGAAGAAGACAAUGAAGAAGAAUAUAAAGAAGAUAAAACAGAAGAUGGAAAUGGACUAAAUGAAGCUGAUGUUUGUGAGAAGGUCAGUGAUGGGACUGAAAUCAAAG